AUGCAUCAACAACACUUCAUCAUCCUAUUGGUUUUCAUUACAGUUGCGUUUGUGUCAAUUGUACAAUGUGACACACCAAAAGGCGAAGAAAAUAAUCAUCGUUCCCGUAGAGCAACAAAUGUUUGUGAUUCCACUGCAUGCAAUACUCCUCUGACAGGAUUACAGAAUUCGAAUCGUUUCACUUCCUCCGACUAUGUCAGAAAUCUUCUCGACCCUACCUUUUGGGUAAAUACUCCUGGUGGUAAUGUUAGUUAUUUUAAUCUCAGCACAACACCCGCCUUAGCUGGUGUUGGUAUUGCUUUUUCAUUAGCUAUGUUGGAACCCUGUGGUAUCAUUCUAUCUCAUAUACAUCCUCGUGGUUCCAAGGAAAACAAGGCACAACUUAUUCUCAAUACAAUUGGUAUUGGAUAUGCUACUGUUAUUCCACAAGGUGCUAUUCAUUUCGUACAAAAUUUAGAUUGCGCUAACUCCACGCAACUCGAUGCCUACAACAAUGAAGAUCCUGGUCUAUUAACACUCGGCUUGAAUAUGUUUCGUUUUCCUGAUGGUCCAUUAUCUGCUGGUUUUGGUGAAACUGAUGAUUAUAUUGAUAACUUGAGACAAGCAAUUCCCAAUUAUCCUUUGGAUGUUAACAUGGAUUGCAGGAAAAAAUGCGGAUUAUCGACGUAA